AAGCUGAUGCUUUUUGAAUUUCAGGACAAAUUUACCAACAUGUACCUACAGAAUAUGUCCAGAGUUCUGUUUCUUAUGCUCCUGUCAUCAUUUUCGCCAGAUGUGUUUGCAGGAAGAAUCAUUGGGGGUCAGGAGGUCCAGCCGUACUCCAUCAAGUAUCAGGUCUCCCUGCAGACUGAGAACAGGGACCACUACUGUGGAGGAACCCUGGUGGAUGAGCAGUGGGUGGUCUCUGCUGCCCACUGCUGGAGACCGAGCUACCUGAUGACCGUGGUGCUGAGCGAGCACAGCCUCAUCGUCACCGAGGGGUUUGAACAGGUCUUCAACGUCUCAAAGAUAUAUGUCCAAAACUACAACUACAGGACGUACAACAAUGACAUCAUGCUGAUCAAGCUAUCUCGUCCGGCACAGCUGAACGCUAACGUCCAGCCAGCUAAGUUACCAGAUGACAACACCCCAUCUAUUACCGGGGCCGUGUGCACUGUGAGCGGCUGGGGUGUGACACAGGUUUACAGCUACACCCUCUCACCUGUACUCCGGGCUGUGGACGUGAGAGAAAUACCUUACUGCAACUGGUACUACUGGGGGAGAAUCACUGAGAACAUGCUGUGUGCCGGAUCUAUCUACGGUGGAAAAGAUUCCUGUCAGGGCGACUCCGGGGGUCCGCUUGUCUGCAAUGAUUACUUUGAGGGUAUUGUGUCCUGGGGCAUCAGCUGCGCUAACCCAUACUACCCCGGCGUCUACACCAAAGUGAGGCAGUACGUCAAAUGGAUCAACUGGAUUAUUAACAAUGACUCUCCAUGAGCCGUCACUGAAAAGCUUGUUCUCAAUAUUGCUUCUAUUGUUUGAUGUAAAGGUAACCUGUUGAUCAAAGUUAUGUCAAAAGGGGAUUUGGGGUCAGUUUUUUUCCACAAUAUAUUGUCCCUCGUCAAUACAUGACAUUGAGAAGUAUCUGUAGAGGUCAAAGGUUAGUCAGUUAGUGGAAACUUUUAAAAUGACUCAUUUGACUCAAAUCACAGAUACAAUUUGCCACACAGAAGCUCUUGAUUUUGCAACUUUGCACAGAAACACAUUGGGACAAAGAAUUGACAUUUAAACCUUUCUAGUGCUAUUACAUCUAAAAGACAAUCCAGAAUAAAGCAUCUGAUGACAACAAA